AUGGAUAGUGGACAUUUAACUAUUGAACAUGUUACACAAUUAUUACUUCAACAUGCAUUUCCAGCAUCUGUUGAAGCAGCACUUUUAACUAUACGUGAAUGUACAAUGUUUACACGUAAAGAUUUAUCUAUGUUAGCAAAUCGCUUUAUAUUUUGUCAUUCAUUAACAACUACAACUACAAAUCCAUCUCAACCUGCAUGGAGAAAAACAUUGAAUAAUAUACAAGAACUCCAUACACUUGAUAUAAUAAGACAAUUUCUUGAGAAACAAUCUGAUUUAACAGUUGCAACACGUGUUUUUGAUAUUAUAUUUCUUGAUAUAAUAUCUGAUCAAGAUCAUCCAUUAUUUACACUUUAUUAUAAUUUAUUAUUGAAAUUUCUUUCACUUAUUCUAUCAUUUGAAUCAAAACCAACAUUAACUAUAAUUGCACGAUGGUUUCUAACAUUAUCAAAAACAAUUGAUACAUUAAUAACAAAAAUUAUUGAAUAUAUUAUACAUGAACAUAUAGCAUUAGCAAUAACAAAAUCAAUUAAUAAUCUUUGUUUAAUAUCACCAUUAUUUACAUUAUGUUUUAUUAAUCAUACAUGUAUUAUAUUAGAUAAAGAUAAUAUUUUAAUUGAUACAAAAAUUAUUCAAAGACUUAUUGAAUUACUUACCUAUGGAUUAACAAAUUCAACGAAUCUAUUGCUUGUUACUUUACAACAGGAAUUCAUUGCAGAAAGUAAUUCAUCAUUAUUUAAUUUUGUUCCUUCAAUGAUUCGUUUGAAUAUUUUAUUUCCUCUUCGUUCAUUUGAAUCAUCAUCAUUACGUUUACAUCUUGAUCAUUUUCAUACAUCAAUUCUAUCAUUUUUAUUUUCAAUUAUUACUAAUAAUUUACAACAAAAUAAUAUAUUUCAAAAGAAUCUUUUUUCAUCAAAUUAUUUUCAACAAUUAUCUAUAACUAUUCAAGAUUCUAUUGAACAUGAUAAAUCAGAUGAAAAAUCUAUUGAUGAAUGUAUACAACGUUAUUUACAAAUUUUAUCCAUAUGUAAAACUUCAUCAUUACCAUUAACACAAUUAUCUAUAUGUGAUUUAGGAAAAUCUUCUCCUUUAUUUACACACCAUAAAUUGUUUGAUAUAUUAAAAGAUAAAGAAGAACAACAAGAUAGUUUUUCUAAAUAG